CUCCAGGCAACACAACUUGUCAACUCUUCCUUGCCCACCAUGACAGAAUACUCCACAGGGGCCGCCAUCAAGGAACUCCAUGAAGAUCUUGUUCGCAAGUACAAGGCCUACGGUGCCAGAGUCGAAGCAGCAUGGCGGUCGUUCAACAAAGCCCAGCGCGCGAAAUGCAUGAAGGCGGGGGCAAUGGAAGGACAAGUCCUCAAACACUCCCGAGAUGCCUCGCUAGGCAACGUCUGCAAGUUUAUACCCGAGUGGAAUCUCAAAGACAUCACAGACCCCAACUCGAACUUGUUUCUUGAUAUCCUCAAGCACCGCGCCACGAAAUCUCUGUCAGAGCAGUACCGCAGUGGCUACAACGGAACCGCUGGAGAUCUCGACCUCAUUGAUGAGAUGGCGCGAACACGAAACCUGCGCCAUGUUGAUGACUUCAAGAACUGUUUUACAUUCUUUGAUGAUAGGGAGUAUGGUUGGUCGUUCCGCGUCCCCGCAGGCCAGAACGUUAAAGAGGCGUUAUCAGGAAUGGAGUCUGCUUUGGAGCAACGGUUUAUUAUCCCUCAGUCUUUGGGAGAGCUCAUUCUUCAGCGACAACUCCAUCUGCUGCAGAUACUUAACAUUAUGAUUGAGGAUGUUCUGGACCAGGGUUCUGAGACCAGAGAUCGGAGCCAGCUAGCGAAGAAUUCCAAGCCGCCCACCGCUCCUCUCUCCGAUUCUGUCGCCAAGCAGGCAACUGUCAAGCUCACGCCCCAAGAGCUUGUUGCGAUUGCUUCCGACCAAAAGUCGUCUCUUGAGGAAUACCUGUCGCUUCUUCGAACUGAGCCCACCGUCCUUUGUGCUGGUGUCAACGUACAAUUCUUUAGCCGCCCCGAGCUUGUGCCCGACGAGAGGGGCCGGUCGCUACCAGUUCAUACAGAUAAAUACGUCGGACCCGCUGUCUUUGAGACAAUCCAUCAUGCAAAGCCAUCCACCGAUAAGCUUUACAAAUCAACAAUUCUCCAAGAGCUCUCUAAUAUGUGCCACUUCGAGUACGCCUGCACGCAAGCACUAUUCAAGCGCCAAGUCUCAACUGGAACCGGAUCGAAGUGGUUCAAAAGACUCUCCAACGUAUACGAUAACGCGGGGAAUGCUAAAGUCUCGAUGAAGGGCAAGCCGGAGGAGCUCACGCGUUCCGACCCUCAGUUGCAUUACUUACUGCGACUCUAUCAGCCGGAAACUACGGUCACGAGGGCUGUUGAGUGGAUGCAAAAGCUGAGUGACCUCUACAAGGCGCAUCCUUUGGAGCGAGAGAAGCUUGGCGAGAGGGAGUCACGGACUCUUCAUGGUGUCGCUGCCAUCGUCGCCUUCGUCCAAGAUCUUUCUGCCGUGUAUUCACUUCCCUCUGCCUCGCGCAAGAAGGGUAACCUGCUCGUUUCUGGGCUGCAAGAGCUUGAGGCCGAGCUUAACAAGAUCAGGAAGGAAGUAGAUCUACGAGACUAUGCUGCACCCAUUGACAACCUCCUUGAACCUGGCAUGUCCCCGAAAGCACUGGAAGCGCUCGAUCAGUUCGUCAUCGACAAGGCAGGAACAAAGAUGGGAUUCCUAUACCAAGAUGAACUGGAGAAGGCGCUCCGAAAUGUCGAAGAACGGUACCAACAGGCCAAGGAUAAGGCGAACAAGGAUACCAAAGCGGAUUUUGUUCCCAUCGACACUACUCCCGUGGACGUGAAGGGACGAAUUGAGACUCGAAGACAAAAGGAAAAGACGCGUCCAGAACAUUCCUCCGUCUACGCGAUCACCCCGACCACGGACUCUCUCGAACACAAAGAAACCGUAAAGCCAGCUGAGCCCUUAAAGGUCAGCUCAUCAACAGCUGAAGUCUUUGCCACUCUGUUCGACAAAACCCAGUCGCGAGGAUCCGUGAACUGGUCAUCUUUCGAGGGGGCCAUGUCUGAGUUAGAUUUCUCGGUGCUGCCACGAUUUGGAUCUGUCUACACGUUUCGACCCCCUGAGGAUAUGGAUAUCAAGAGGCCUGUUAGCAUUCACAGACCCCAUCAGUCGCAGAUUGAGGGAUAUUUGAUUCUGAUUUUGGCGCGACGGUUGAACCGGGCUUAUGGAUGGAGUGAGGAUUCGUUUGUGACUGAGUAA